AUGUCAGAUCGUGAGCGUGAUCGUAGUGCGAGCCGUCGCGGUAGUCGCAGCCCCAGUCAUGAGCGUCGCAGUGACCGUGAUCGGAGUGAUAGUAGACGUCGUGAACGAUCUCCUGACGAGAAUACUCGGUUGAGGCUCGAAAUGAGAACAAUGAUAGCUCGUCUUAGUGCGUUAGAAAAUAAGUCUAGGGCUACAUCUAUUCCAGCGCGUUCGAGUGAGCACAUGGCGGGUUCUGGUGUUCGUGAUGUGUUAGUGUCAGAAAAUGUGCACGAUAGAUCGCCAUCGCGGCGCCGGCAAACACGAUUGUUAGGGCGCAAUAUCUCGCGAUCGCCUGAUCGCACGGUUUCACGUAGUGUACGUCGUCCGUUGUCGCCGCGGUGUAGGUCAAGAUCCCCUAAUAAGUAUACGACAUCGCGGUCACGUGACCACGUGUUGCCUACUCGAGAAGUUAAUCAACGCCGACGUUCUCGAUCCAGAUCGCCACGUCAUGGCAGCGAGGUGGAUGCGUCGAUGCAUUCUACCAUUACUGAUCGUAUUGUAGAUGUGAUUAAUUCUAUUAAUAACGCGGAUGCAGAGGACGAGGAGUCGACAACUCCUAGCGUUACCCAGCCUUACAAUGUUGACGUUCCUGGUGACGCAAGUGAGCCGCAACCUAGCACGUCAGGGACGCAGAUACAUGGCGAAGAGCCUGCUGCGUCACCCACCUUCACGUCGAGCGAUGACAGCACAGAGCCUUCGAUGCCAAUGCUGGAGACUGAUCUCCAGAGU